AUGGUGCUCUCAAAGUCGCCCCACGAGGCCAAGGACACGUCUGAUGACCUCCCUACCGACAACAUCAGCAGUGGAUUGUCUUCUCUCAAGACCUCUCACCGACUCAAUCAAAUUGACAGUGUCCGAGCUCUCGGAGUUGGCGAUCACAUUGCGCUGCCGCAACUCGUGGUAUGUGGUGAUCAGUCCGCAGGCAAGAGCUCUGUUCUCGAAGGCAUCAGCGGAUGCCCAUUUCCUAGACAAGAUGGCCUCUGCACUCGCUUCUCUACAGAGAUCGUACUUCGUCAUAACACCGCCAUCUGCAGAAAAGCAGCCAGUCUCAUACCAUCUCCCUUACGUACUCCUCAAGAAAGAGAGGAAUUUGCGUCCUUCAGUCGUGAGUUCGAAGAUUUCAACGAGCUGCCGGGUAUUAUUCAGGAAGCCUCUCGUUUGAUGGGGGUGCGAUGCAGUGAAUUCCCAGAUGCCCCUGCCUUUGCUACGGACGUCCUCCGACUGGAAGUGGAGGGAAAUACUGGACUACAUCUGACAUUGGUUGAUCUUCCGGGGUUGAUCACUGUCUCGGAAAAUCCCAAAGACAUUGAUAUGGUGCGGAGGCUGGUCGACUCUUAUCUGGAGAGCUCGCGUACCAUUAUUCUCGCCGUCAUACCAGCUACCAGCGAUGCCGAGACGCAGACCAUCAUACAACGGGCGCGACACUUUGACAAGGACUGUAUCAGGACUAUUGGUGUUAUUACAAAGCCUGACCUCAUCAACAAAGGUACCGAGGAACGUGUUGCACGUCUAGCGAAGAAUUUGGACCGCACCAAGCUACGCCAUGGGUUCUUUCUCUUGAAAAACCCCUCCCCAACAGAACUGGCGGAGGGUAUCACUUUCCAGCAACGUGCUCAAGCCGAGUCGGACUUUUUCUCAAGCCCGCCUUGGAAGGCUCAAGGCCUCGAUGGAACAAGAGUCGGGAUUGAAAACCUUCGUCGAUUCUUGCAAGAAUUCCUGGACAAUCACAUUGAGCAAGAGCUUCCAAAGGUACGAGAAGAGGUGUAUCGUCUUCUCAAGGGACUUCGUGAAGAAAUCGCCCAUCUGGGACCCGAGAGAUCCCAGCCGACUCAAAUUCGCAUGUUCCUUACUCGGGUUAGCACCGAGUUCCAAUCAAUUUUGAAGAAUGGUCUCGAGGGAAAUUAUGAUCCCCGUGACGGUACAUUCUCUACGAAAGACCAUGUCAACACAGAUUGUCGUCUUCGCGCCGCAAUUCACACCGCGAACGAAAAGUUUGCCGAGUUCAUCGGGAUGCAUGGUCAGCAGCGCAAGGUUAUCCCCGACGCUCCUUGUGACAAUGACUGUACAAGUGAUGCAGCCAAUAUAGCCACUAGCGUUGUUGCUGAAGAUGACUGCACUUCUGCUGGCACAGAGGAUGAAACGACACAAGGUGGAGAGGUGCUGGUGACGAAAAAGGAGAUGUUGGCUUGGGUAAAAAAGAUGUAUCUUGAAACCAGAGGUCGAGAGCUCCCAGGAAACUACAACCAUUCUCUAUUGAAGGGAUUGUUUCACGCCCAGUCUGCUUCGUGGGAUAAAAUUUCCCGAUCCCACGUAGAUAGCAUUGUGGCACUGGUGACUCAAUACCUGAGCUUUGUGAUCAAUUCUGUCCUCGAAGACGUCACAGUUCGUGAAAAGGUGUGGAAGAAUGUGAAGAUCGCUUUCGACAAGAAUAUUGAAGCCUCUCAUGAAGAACUCGGCAAGCUUUUACAGGAUGAGCAAGGGCAUCCAAUUACCUACAACCACUACUACACCGACAACAUCCAAAAGGCACGACAUGAGGGCGCGAAAGAACAUCUCGAAAAUGCCGUGAAAAAUGCAAUCCUGCCAAGUUAUCACCGCAGCUCAAAUUCCACUGGCUUUCAAGUCGACAUCAGCAGACUAGUUGAUUCACUACAAGCCCGGAUCGAGGUCAACAUGGUGGACCGGGCUUGCUCCGAGGCGCUGAUAGAUCUCGACGCUUACUACAAGGUUGCCAUAAAAACCUUUGUAGACAACGUAUGCCGGCAAGUGAUCGAACGACAUAUUCUCGCUCCCCUGCCCACAGUGUUUGACCCGACUGUUGUCAGUGGCUAUUCCGACGAGGACUUGCUGCGAUUGGCUGCAGAGUCACCACAGACCAGUCAUCGUCGUGUCGAGGCCCUCAAGUUGCAGAGGGCAUUGAAGCAAUCCCUCCAGGAGCUUUCGUUGUGA